CCGUUACAUGAUCUUGACCCGGAAGUUGUGAUGGCUAGCUUCGAGUUUGAGAAAUGGUAGCGUGCGUUAUCGUUAAAUGUACAUUCUGAAUGGUUUGUUAGAAGAGGGUAGGUUUAAAAUAAGAGUUUAAAGUUCAUUGUAUAAAAUCUUUGUCUACGAUGCCGGCGGCUAUUUGAUCUUUGGCUGGCUACUAACUAGGAAGAAGAACAGUCGGCAGCAUCGCUUGAUCGCCUCUGUUUGUCAUGUAGCUGGCUAGCUAGUAGCUAGCUGGCGGCACCACUUUCUGGCCAUUGAAGACCGGGGAUUAGUCUUAUUACAUUAAAGCCCUGAUGCCCGAGCAAGGCCCCAGGAUGAACGGGUUCUCACUCGGUGAGCUCUGUUGGUUGUUCUGUUGCCCGCCCUGCCCCAGUCGUAUCGCCGCCAAGCUUGCCUUCCUGCCCCCGGAGCCCACGUACUCGGUGCAGACGGACGCCAGCGGGACCUGUAGCCUCCACCUGAACGAGCGUGCGGACUGGCAGUAUUCUCAGCGCGAACUGGACGCGGUGGAGGUAUUCGACACCAGAACCAGCCGUGGGAACCGGGUCGGAUGCAUGUUCGUGCGUUGCGCUCCGAACAGUCGCUACACCCUCCUCUUCUCUCACGGUAACGCGGUGGACCUUGGCCAGAUGUGUAGCUUUUACAUUGGCUUGGGCUCGAGGAUAAACUGCAAUGUCUUCUCUUACGAUUAUUCGGGGUACGGCAUCAGCACUGGGAAACCGUCAGAAAAGAAUCUUUAUGCCGACAUCGAAGCUGCCUGGCAAGUUCUGCGGACCAAGUACGGUGUGACCCCUGAGAACGUUAUCCUGUACGGGCAGAGCAUUGGCACGGUGCCCACGGUGGACCUGGCGGCGCGGUACGAAUGCGCGGCCGUCAUCCUGCACUCCCCCCUCAUGUCCGGCCUGCGGGUGGCCUUCCCCGACACCCGCAAGACCUACUGCUUCGACGUCUUCCCCAGUAUCGACAAGGUGUCUAAGGUGGCGUCUCCAGUCUUGGUGAUCCACGGGACGGAGGACGAGGUGAUCGACUUCUCCCACGGCCUGGCCAUGUACGAGCGCUGCCCGCGCGCCGUGGAGCCGCUGUGGGUGGAGGGUGCCGGGCACAACGACAUCGAGCUCUACGCCCAGUACCUGGAGAGACUGAAGCAGUUCAUCUCCUUCGAGCUGCCCAACUCCUGAGGCUCCGCCCCACCACCUGAGGCUCCGCCCAGCCUGCGUGGCCCCGCCCAGAUGAGGAAGUGAAGCUGGGAGAGGCUUGUGUGUGGCAGCUGUCCUGAUGGGUCUUUGCACUUCCUCCUCUCCUGCCCAUAGAGGACACACUUGUCACCUGCGGACUUUCAGUGUGAUUACAACUUCGUAUUCUUUUUUUUUAAUCUGAUGACAAAAAUGAAACAAGAUGUUUUUUGGACCUCAGAUGUAUAUAUUUUCAAAUUAGUUUUGUUUUUGUCAUUUUUCUACUUUCUUUAUACAUGAAAAAAACCUACAGGAAUACUCCACUGAUGUAAUUUUUUAGUGCAGUUAUCACUCUGUAAUAAUGAAUACUUCACUGAAUUUAAAUUUGCAUUCCACAUCUUUCACCACUCAGUGCAAGAAAGCAAACUGAAAGAAGUUGUAAUGCGGUAUGAUGUCAAAUAGGAUGUUUACCCUCUGACCCCAGGAAGGGUUUAGAGCCAGGAACUCUACUGAGCCCCUGAGCCUGGCUGGGGCAUCACAAACCUUAGUUUAAUAUCACGAUAAAACCUAUUGCCUUGAAUGUUUAAGCGUGUGGUAGCUUAGGGAAAAGCCGUGCGGGGUGGGCCGGGGGGGGGGGGGGGGGGCUAAAGUUGUUUGGUGUUUCUGAGGUGAUUGUAUAUAGAGUACGGAGUGAUUUGCUGGCGUUCAGGUAUCUGUACGUAUGGUCUUAGCAAGCACAAACAGGUGAGCUGAACUGUAGGCGUGUGCUAAUGCAUGAAGGGAAGAUUUACGCAACAAGAAGCUGUGUUUUUAGUCACAAUUGUCAUACAUUCCUUUCCAUAGUAACUAGCCUCAGGAGGGUACUGCUCUCUGUCUGGCUGUGUCGAUGACGAAAUUGCCGGCUCAAGUGUGGCUUGGUCGACACCACCGGAGGCUCGCUGAUGUAUUUAUAGAAUCAUGAACUUUCAGAGUGAUAGCUUAACCUGUAAUUUCUCUUUAAAGAUUAGUCAUGCAACUAGUCUUUGAAAAACACUUCUCCUCAAAUAAGACACUAUAUGGCUACUAAAGUUUGAGUAUACGUUUGUUGUGUAAGUGCAAAGAUUCAUGGUAUGCAGGAUUAUUCCAAAGUGAUUUCUCUGGCCCUAGACUUCAUUUUGAAAAUAGUCCUCAUAAAAAGUAAUACAUCUUGAUUUUGAAAACUGAUCUAUUAAGGUAGGCAGGACGAUUUGGACAGUGAAAUAGCUUUAAUUUUUAACUGUAAUUAACCACUGAGUACCUAGUAUGUUUUUGUGUUUUUCACGGUGCAUGGGUGCAGUUUCAUUGAAGUAUGAACUGAAUUUGAAGGACAGCUGUAGAGUGAAGAACGUGCGUCAGAACGGGGCAGUUCUGUAUGCGGUCUCUCAUGAUGGGGAGUCCUGUGUUUGGCUCUUUGUCACAGGGAAGCCAGCUGAUAUCAGGUCAGCCUAGAUUUGUGAGCAUUACAGUGUGGCUCUGUUGGAGGGGGUCCACUGCUGAACUGGGUCAGUUGCUGUUUCCUGUUCCUGCACUAUGAGCCUUGUUUUUGAAGAGCCCCAACUGAUCUAUAUGUGUCUCUCAGGCUCAGUUAUUUUCCCCCAGUGUAACCCCCCCUUUUUUUUAAAUACAAGCAAAACACAACAAAACAGGUUUUUGUUGAUUGCUGUUUUUACUUCUCUUGUUAUUUUGAUACUAAUUCUAUUUUUUUUACACACUGUUGUUGGUAGCUAUACUAAAGUGGGCAUUUUGUUUAAUGGUGUUUUUUUAAAUGAACAUCUGUAAUUGUAAUAUGUAAUCUCGGAUUAAUAUGAUUAAAGGGUAUUUUAUGCUACUUGAUUUUGACACUGGAAUUACAGUAAAUAUAAAAUGGUUAAAAAUUCUGAAUCGGUACACUCUACUGGCUUACUGGCAUAGAAUUUGCUCUAAACAGAGAGCCUUAAAUGUACUGUUCAAGACUGGGAUAUAUGUGCAUUUUCAUAUUAAAUACAGUGGUCAUGAUGGUUUUAAUGGAAUAAAAGGUGCAUGAAAUAAAAAAA